AAUUGAAGUACGGACGAGUCCAUUCGCGUGGGGCGCGAGGGGCGGCCGCGUUCUCACAGGUCUAGAAACGGUACAAAUGCUGCAUUUCGUACAAUGGCUGAAAUGGCUCGGUUGUUCCGUGCCCGAGCCAUUGUCCAAAUCGGCACGGAUAAUGGAUAACAAGUGUUACGUUCGUACUGUGUUUCGAUUCGGGUCCUUUUCAAUUUUUAUGGUGACAUUUUUCGAGUAUUGUUCUCUGGUCUUUCGUUAAUUCGUCAACAUACGAAAAUGUAAACUUUGAUCAUAUUGUAACGGCUGUUAAAAUUAAACUAAAUAAACACUUGAUAAGUCCGAAAAAUUGUUUUUCUUAUUUGCACAUUUCAUUUGUUUUUGUUGAUUGUAGAACGGAAACUGUCCAUUGGAGCGACUCUAGCGAAGUGUUUGCUCUGUGAUGCGAACUCCCAAGUCGGUGCUUCCAACGCGGCAGCAAAUCAAUACUCAUCUUUUAGUAGCCAUCUGUUGAAUAAAAAUGCAACCAAGAAACCAAAAUGGCCAAUAAAAUUUGAAAAUAUAACAAAAAAUAAAUUCGAUCCAAUAGGAAUUCUAAUCAAGUGAGCAGAUGUCAAAACUUCGACAUGACAAGGUGCAUAACUACAAAUCCACCAAAAAACAAUAAAUAAUAAUAAAUGCAACCGUCAACCGCUAUAAAGUGAUGCCGAGUACAAAUUUCCAGUACAACAGCCCGAUUUGAAUUGGACGGACGUAGUUUUUCACAACAUGCCUUCGAAUUAGUGUCCGAUGUUCAGGAGUAGAAGUUGGUUCGGGGGCGGUUGGGGCCGUCCCAAGAAUCCCCAUUCGUUGGAACAUCUCAAGUAUUUGUACAACGUGCUGUCUCGAAACCAGACCGUUUCUGAACACAACAGAGGUUUGCUGGUCGAGACACUGAGGUCCAUUGCUGAGAUACUCAUUUGGGGCGACCAAAAUGACUCCUCUGUUUUUGAUUUUUUCCUGGAGAAAAAUAUGUUAUCCUUUUUCCUACGAAUAAUGCGACAAAGAAGCGGCGGCAGUAGUUUCGUCUGUGUCCAACUUCUACAAACAUUAAAUAUUUUAUUUGAGAACAUCCGGAACGAAACUUCUUUGUAUUAUUUACUGUCGAACAAUCACGUGAACUCGAUAAUCGUGCAUAAAUUCGACUUUUCCGACGAGGAAGUUAUGGCUUAUUACAUUUCAUUUUUGAAAACGCUAAGUCUAAAACUCAACGCUCACACAAUCCACUUCUUUUACAACGAGCAUACGAACGACUUUCCGCUUUACACGGAAGCGAUAAAGUUCUUCAACCACCCAGAAUCGAUGGUUAGAAUAGCGGUGCGAACGUUAACAUUAAACGUGUAUAAAGUGGAGGAUGCCAGCAUGUUAGCAUUUAUCAGAGAUCGGACCGCCGCUCCCUAUUUCUCUAACAUCGUCUGGUUCAUUGGCAAACACAUCCAGGAAUUGGACGCUUGCGUUCGAAACGAUGCGGAUCAUCAAUCACAGAAUCGUCUGGCGGAUUUGGUGGCGGAACAUUUGGACCAUUUGCAUUAUUUAAAUGACAUUCUGUGUUUGAACAUCACUGACUUAAAUCGCGUUUUGACCGACCACUUGUUGCACAAGCUUCUGAUUCCGAUGUAUAUUUGUUCGUUGGCGCCGCAACAUAAAAGAACGAACGACAGCGUCAGUCAGUCGGUCAGUCAAACCGUCGCCAAGAUAUUAAAUCAGCAUCGGUCUCCCGAAGGCAGUCCUAAACUUGAAUCUUCAAAUGGAAAAGUGUCUUGCGUGGUCGCCUUAUUCCUGUUAUCCCAAGUGUUUUUGAUAAUAUCGCACGCGCCUUUAGUACAAACAUUAGCUUGGAUCAUCCUAAAAACAGACCGAUCAGUUUUCGAGAAGGGCGUGGACGUUUUGUUGCAGUCUUAUGAAAACGAACGACGAAAGUCGGUGGUAGAGGAACAGCAAGAGGAGGGUGAAUGCAGCUCGUCCGAUAAUUUAGUGGAGGACAAUACUAAUAUUACGGACGAGGAGAAACAACGACUUGCCAUCACACCUACUGAUGGAAAUUUGGAGAAACCGUUUCUGGAAACUGUUUACAAUGCCCUGGAUUGCACCGAAAACGAUUACGUUGCUUUGUUCGCUUUGUCCUUGCUUUAUGCCAUGGCAAAUAAUAAAGGUGUUGCCUCAAGUGUGAUAGAACAGGUGGUAAAGCCGAAAAAGUCCUUCAUAUCGAAAACGACUUCGGCUACGUCGAAGGACGUGCGUUACUCCUACAACUCUCAUCUAGUGGACAAACUGUUGAACAUCAUCACGUUAACGUGUCAACCGUCGUGUCGGGUCAGACUUGUAACGCUAGAAUUAGGUUUGAAAUUGUUUUUGGACAUUGUAAUGUGCGAUGGAAAGAACAUUUUAUUGGACGGGCACCGAACGUUAAUCGAUGCCGCGAAAACUCAAAGUACAGCGUUGCUCAGGAACUUUUAUAAAAGCGAAGAAAUAUUUUUGGACAUGUUCGAACAUGAAUACUGUGAUAUGUCAAAGGGGUCGUUGAACGUUGAAUGGCUUUGUAUGGACAGCGCGAUUCUGUUGCCUCCUACCGGUACGCCGAUGACUGGAAUUGACUUUACUAAACGGCUGCCUUGUGGAGAGGUGGAACGCGCUAAAAGAGCGAUCCGUGUCUUUUUCUUGGUUCGGAACGCUGUGCUUCAGCUGAACGGCGAAAUUGAAACGCAACUACCUCUAACGAAUCCACAGAGCUGCGUCCAGAUCGACCAGGCUUUGGACCUGAGUAUAUCUCAUAAUUCGGAUUUGAUUGCUUGCACCGUUACGUGGAAGGAUGGAACGAAAAUGCGCCGUUUCCUUGUAAUAGACGUGCUGCAACUGAUCCUUGUAGAACCCGAUUCUAAACGCUUAGGCUGGGGCGUGGCGAAGUUGGUUGGUUUUUUGCAAGACAUCGAAGUUACUGGCGACAAAGACGAUUCUAGGUGCUUGCACAUCACGAUUCACAGACCGAUUUCUGGUGCCACUACUAAUAGGAUACCCCUGCUGAACGCUAAGUUUGUUUUCGACGAUAACAUCAGGUGUAUGGCGGCAAAACAACGUCUAACAAAAGGACGAUUGAAAGCGAGACAGAAAAAGAUGCAACACAUAGCAAGACUAUUGGACAUUCCGGGUCAGUCGGGGCCACCUAGUCCGGCUUUUGCGGGCGGCGGUUUGUACGCGAGGAACACUGGCAGAGGAAGCAGGGAAAGACCUCUAUACAACGUGCCAAAAGUGCCAGGCUUCGCCGCCCCAAGGCGUGAAAGCUCACCCGGUGUUUUACAUAAAGCGGAGGAUAAAAGACAUAGGGAAGGGGCAAGUCCUAAUAGGUUGACGAAUUUGAAAAAGGAGACGAACGGACGAAAGGACGCCCGAUCGAGGGAGAAUUCGACGAACAGGACGAGGUCAAGGGAGGGAUCGCCUAGGAUGCCUCGUCCACGGAGCGAGGAAAUUCCGUUGGAAUUGAUUAAGAAGGCGCCGAACUCGUGUUUAGAUAUGGCACCGAAAAUUAGUAUUUUGCCUAGGCCGCAAACACCGCGAGUUGAGGGCGAAGCUUCGACUUCCGCGGUAGAGGGACAGAAUAGUACGGAGGUGAAAGACACGGCGAAACAGCUGAACAUUAGCUCGGAGGAAACGUCGUUCAUUGGGAAAAAAAAGGGGCUGGUUGAAACUAUAUAGUUGUUGUGUUAUUUCGUUGUUUUAUUUAUUGAUCCGGAUCGCUGUUCAAGCUUUAUAUCAUUGUGUAAAAAGAUUAAAUAUUAUUAUUAUUAAAAAAUUAAAUAAUA